AUGCUUAUUACAAGUAUAUUAAAUAUUACAUAUAUCGUUCGUCGUUCUGUUUCACAUAAUAAUCAUGAGCUUAUUCAAACAUCACUAACUACUAUAACAUCAAACACUCAAAUAACUAACUCAAGUAAUCAAACAAAAAGUUCAAACAAAAACGAUGAUAUAUUUCAAGAAACUUAUAAAAAUAUUUUAAAUUCGUUUACUGAUAAUUAUAUGGAAAUAUCGAACAAAAAAAAUAAAUCUUCUAAUUAUUGUCCAGCUGUACCACCUGAUUUACAAGGUCCAUUGAAUAUUAAAGGACUACCGGAAAAUUUCUCUCUCUUAGAUAAAUCAUUAUAUCAUCCUGAAGUACAAUUUGGAGGUCGUUAUCAACCGAAAACAUGUUUAGCUCGUCAUAAAGUUGCUUUGAUCGUACCAUAUCGUGAACGUUGGGAAAUUUUAGGACAUUUUCUUUUUCAUACGCAUACGUUUUUACAACGACAACAACUAGAUUAUAGAAUAUUUGUAUGUGAACAAGCGUAUAAUAAUACAUUUAAUAAGGGUAUUGUAAUGAAUGGUUGUUUUAAAGAAAUUUUAAAACUCGAACCUAAUACAUCCUGUUUUAUUAUGCAUGAUGUCGAUUUAUUAUCAAUUGAUGAUCGAAAUAUGUACACAUGUCCAAAGUAUCCACGUCAUUUAAGUGUUGCUGUUGAUAAAUUUCAUUUUUAUCUACCCUACGUAGAGUUAGUUGGUGGUGUUUUAGGUAAGAAGAAAUAA